AUGGACGCCUCCAAGAUCCCCGAUUUCCUGGCCGAGCAGCAGCAACAAGGCACCCCCGAAACGCAGUCCUACUUCCUCACCUUCGAAGACUUCUGGGAGAGGAAGCUAUGGCAUCAGCUGACCGACGCGCUGGUCGAGUUCUUCCGUCUACCGGAGAGCGCGCCGCAGCGGUUAGCCAUCUUCAAGACUUUCGUACUCAGCUUCGCCGAUCGGAUCAACCAGCUGAAGUUUGUGGCGUUGGGGUUGAUGGCUGCAACAGAGUGCGCUGACGACCAAGAACGACUGGCCUUCCUCACAUCCCUGGCAGACCGAGUCGACAAAGCUGAAACACAAGACGCACAUGUCUAUGCGCUGGCGGACGUGGCCAACGUCAAGCUGCGACUGAAGGACCUGGAUGGCGCACAGAAGGAUCUGGCAUCGUGUCAGCGGGUGCUGGAUUCGUUUGACUCGGUCGAGACGGUGGUGCAUGCCUCGUUCUAUAAAGUAAACUCGGACUACCACCACGCCAAGCAAGAGUUCGCCUCAUUCUACAAAAACGCCCUGCUCUACCUAGCCUGCAUCAACCUGGAGGAACUGCCCGAGUCCGAGCGCGUGUCCCGCGCCUACAACCUCAGCGUCGCGGCACUAGUCUCCGACUCGAUCUACAACUUCGGCGAGCUUCUCCUGCACCCGAUCCUGGACUCGCUGACGGAAACCCCACAUAACUGGUUGCGCGACCUGCUCUUCGCCUUCAACCGGGGCGACCUGACCGCCUACGACGUGCUGGCAGGCAACAUCUCGAAGAACAAGCUGCUGGAGGAGCACCGCGUGUUCCUGUACCAGAAGAUCUCGCUGUCGGCGCUGACGGAGAUGGUCUUCCGGCGUCCGCCGCAUGACCGCUCGCUUGCGUUUGGCGUUAUCGCGUCCGAGACAAAGGUGCAGCCCGAUGAGAUUGAGCAUCUGGUUAUGAAGGCUUUGUCGUUGGGGUUGCUGAAGGGUUCGAUUGAUCAGGUUGCGCAGGUUGCGCAGAUCCACUGGGUUCAGCCGAAGGUGCUGGAUAUGAAGCAGAUUGAUGGCAUGCGUAACCGCCUCAAGGAUUGGGAUGCUGGUGUUAACCAGCUGGGUCAUUGGAUUGAGGGUGUUGGCAAGGAUGUCUGGGCUGCAUAG